AACACAAGGAACAUUCCUGACUCAGAUGUUAAUAAUUCACUGAAGACAAGAAUUUCCCUGCAUUUAAGGGAAAUUCGUUUGCAUCACCACAGGUCCGGCACCGCCACUAUUCGAUGGGACCAGUAUUCGCUGCCAGUCAUUGCAGUAACGGCAUACGGUACACAUCAGACAGAGGUCACGGGUACCAACAUGCCUAAACGGAAACAGCCCUGCAAGCUGCAAGCCCUGGUUAUGCUGAGAGUGGUCAAGCUGUUACGUAAAGCGUGUGAGUCGUGGAUAACAGCAUUGCGUGAAGCAGCGCUGACUGGCAGUGAGGCAUAUCUGAAGGAGACGCAGAAUGUGACGGCUGAUUGUGACACGGUUUACGAACUUCUAACAUCGUUACCGACAGACAUUUUACAACUUCUGGCUACACAUAUAAUAAGGAGGAUUAUCAACAUGAUUGCACAGUAUGAUGAGACCUGCUGCGAGUUAAAGGACGCCUUUUGGUAUGACGAAGAUUAUCACGACAGUGUGUGUUCAAAAAUACUUAACGCUGUGCUGUUUCCUUGCACUCGAGUAUAUUAUAUGAAAGAUAUAACUUCCGGUUUUGCACAGAAACUAAUAGUUCAAACCUUGGCUUGUGUACCUAACUUAACUGUUUUAACCUUCGAUUUAAAAACCGAAAAUGAUAACUCGAACCUAGUAGCAAGUAACAUCCAUCACUUAAGACAUCUGAAGUCAUUCCAAUACAACUGUGAUUGUACUGAUGAAGUGGUGGAACAGGUGGCGUUGCACUGUAGGAAUUUGAGGACUGUUAUUCUGAGUUUCUCACACUCUGUUACUGACGCCUCGGUGCACUACUUGAUGACACUAAACAAGUUAGAACACGUGGACGUAAUGUUCACAUCCAUUACUACUGAAUUUUAUGGUGCACUUCUUUCAGUAUUGCCGAGCAUUAAUAACAUUGUCAUAACGUCACUUACAUAUAACAUCUUCGAACAUAUUCUUAAAGAAGAGCUAUAUACGAUAACACAAUAUACCGGGUAUAUUCGUGACAUUAAUGUUCUAACACAGAAAUGUCCUAACCUCUCAACAGUUGUAAUGUAUGACAUUAACCAAAAUCUUGCAAACAUGGUUGCACUAAACAGACUGGAUCAUCUACAGAUUAGAAAAGCAGACUAUGAAAGCUGUAAUUUAAAUGCCGUCCUGAUUGGCGUGGGUCACAGACUUUGCCAUCUCUAUCUGGUUCAUAUUAAAAAUGUAAGAAUGGUCGAAAUUGUAAACUUCUGCUCUUCCUUGGAGUGUCUGCUUCUGAAAAGAUGCUCAUUUGUGCGAUUAAAUGAAAAUGGAAUACUCGGCACUGAUCCCCCUCACUAUAGAAGUGUGACUGAUUUAAAAUUAUUAGGGGAUUCUCAUCAUGAAAUUGAUUUUCGCCACUUGCAACAUUAUGUCAAUCUGCAGAUACUUGAGUGCACAGGAGUGAACACUCUCAAUGAUGAUUUCAUCGAAGAUGCAGUGCGUCAAGGCGCAUUCAGAAACAUUGUGUGCUUUAAAGUAGAAGAAAUUGCCCCUGGAGCUUUGACCAUGAGGACAGUAGAGCUGCUGAUACGGCACUGUGAGCAUCUGAAAGAGCUUGGAUAUUUGAGAAGCUGGCGUCUUGUUGAACCGGAAUUUAUCUCGAAUCUCAGAAAUAUAAUUGUAACGACAAACAGUGACCUUCAUAUUCUUUAGGUAACACAAAUUUCUUGGUUAUCAUUACUAUGUUUUAUGUACUACAAACACCAAUAUGUAUAACCAUAGAGUUCUUAUGAUGCAUAUUGUACCCUGCAUGUUAUAUUUUCAAAUUUUAACUUUCAUUAGAAGCGCAUUUUGGAGGCAGUCUUUAUAAAACCCUAACGUUAUAACUUCAUAGGCUAGGCUCCUCAGCGAGAAUAUUCUCAGAUAUGAAUGGGACAUUUGUUAACUUAAUUCAGUGCAUGAAUUUUAUUGAUUCCAAUCAGCACUGUUUAUUAACAUUUUUAAAAAUUUUAAAUGAUUUCAGACGCAAAACAUGUCACGGAUAUUUUUAUGACAAAAUUAUUUCUUCAAUGAUAUGGUCCAUAUUGGGAUGAUUUUCCGGAUUCUGUUCUUCUGUUGUGACAGCGCGUAAUCCUGUAGAAGAGUAUGAACGUUACAGAGAUGCAAGCUGCAUCCAUUACAAGAGAUGAACAGACAUUGACACUGGAGACAACAUUUUUCUUAUAAACAAUUUUAGUCUACACAGUGACAUAGCCCAAAGCAAUAUAAUCAAAUGGUUGUAGUUAUAGGCCCUUUUUGUCGAAAUAUUAAUUUGUUUCUAUACUUUUGUCCAAUCAACCUGACUGCAUAUUGAAUGUGGCGUGGUUAGACGUUUAUACUGGAUUAGAAGUUCAAUAGCCUUGACAUGUGGAUGCAAUGACCCUCCGUGGUACUGACUGAAAAUGCAAAUGUUCCUUUUAAUUUUAAGAUGUGGAGAAGUAAACCUUCCUAAAUAUGUUUCACGACUUUGUUUGAAUUUAUAUUGCUUUGAUACAUUAACUAAUUUAAUAAAAUUCUUUAAACAGGUCCGCUUCUUAUGUUUCUGGCAUUUGAAAUUUUACUCACUUUUGUCUCUUAUAUGUGCCUUAGAAGUAGUGCAUCUCCCCUUAAACUGGUUAAGGUUAAGAUGAUAAGUAACAUUAAUAUUGUAAGAGUAUUUCAGCAUCCUGUUCCACUGAUUUAUCACUGAACUACAACUCUAUUCUUUCACGUACUGCUCCUCUUUGCAACAUGUUUCGGCCGUACCCGACCAGCGAUGGCGCUAUAAUUGCGUCUAGUUCCGAGUUGUGUCAAAAAAUCCAGUAUCCAAUUCAUACCCUGUCUAUAGUCACACCCCAAAAUCGUGACAAUAUGUUUAGGAAUUGGCCACUUUAAAGUGAAAUAAAUCAGAUACAUAUAACAUGAAAUUGCAGGUGUACCAACGACCAUAAUUUAUGUGAAACUUGUUUUUGCUUAUAAAAAUUCAUUCAUAUUUGGUCAAAUUAUUGCAAAGUGAACAGUGAACAUGCGGUCAGAUGAACCAAGAUAGCAGGAAUAUGUUCAGCUUUACGCCUACUUCUACUGAUGUAUUCUUCCUGCAGAUUCCAUGAUUAUCAAUGAAUUGAAGGUCAUGAAUCCUCAUCAGGGUUUGUGUAUCAGAACAGGAUUAAAUAAAGUUGUGCCUGUCGUC